AUGCCCUACUUCACCACGAGCGCCGAGUGGUUCGAGCAGUCCCGGCUGCUGCUCGAAGCCCGUCCCACCACCGCCCGUGUCGUGACAAAGUACUCGAUCAUCAAGCGCAAGACCAGCAAAGACGGCAAGCGGCAGGUCGCCACCAGCGACUCGGCGCACGCCGACGCGACGCAGAAGCCGACCGCGGGCGCGCCCGCCCAGGCGACCCAGGCCGCCCUCACCCUCAAGACGUACGACCCGGCCUCGGGCGUGUGCUUGAAGUACCAGACCACCAAGGCCGCCGAGGUGGGCCGCCUGAUCUCGAGCUUGGAGCGGUUGGCGAGGAGGAUGGCGGCGUUGCCGAGUGUGCAAGAGGAUGCUGCAAUGCCGGAUGCGCCCGCCGCCGAACAGGGCACUGGAACGAACACGCCCAACCCGGAGCCGGCAAAGACGGACUCGAAGCCCGCACAGGGCGGAGGAAAGAAGAAGAAGAAGGGCAAGAAAUGA